AAAUACCUCUAUAUGUAACUUCGUACAACAGUGCUAGAUGAAUUAUGUUAGUUAUUCUGAUAUACCACAUAUGGCACCAAUACACUUUUAAGUAAUGGACAAGCACCAGAGUUAUGAGGCUUUUGUAAAUACUCCUUGUAUGUCCCUCUCUUAUGGGAUUAAGGGAGUUGAGAGAGACAGAAAAUGUGGACAUGACAAAUCUGUCUUCUUAGCUGGCAGCAUUCUUCCUCAGGGUUAGCAUUCCUGAGGGUUUAGCCUGGAAGGUCUGUGGUGGAAGGACGGGAGAGGAAAAUGUUGAAGGAUGGAUUAACACAUGUACCUGCACAAACAAGAGGAGAAUUUUGAAGAUGAUUUGGAUGUGAAAAGCAACUUCUGAGUUUCUAGGCAAAAGUGCAUAUUGCUAAUAUGGAUCAGAAAGGCAUCUGAUUUCAGAAUUACUGCAGACCAACAGUUUUUAGUUGAGUCAAUGAAUGAGAUCAUGUCACUUACACAUCUGAUUUUAGAUAGUGUCAAUUGUGACAGGGAAGAAAAAAUUCCCUGUGAAAGAGUUCAUUCUUUGUAGUUGGGAGGGGAAAAAUAUUUACAGUAAGCCAAAUGUGUUCAGAAUCCAAAUGAGCAAUCACCUCUUCAUUAAUAAUCAAGAGAUGGAAUAGUAGGGGUGAGCUUUUUCAACAUUUCCAUGGAAUCGUACAAAACCCCCUUCAAGAGUCAAGUGAGCAUUACUGAGUCUCUCCAAGCAAGGUUGAGCAAUUCCCUGGGUGUGGCCUCAUGCAGUAUGUGGUGCCAUAGGUUGGCACAUCUAUUCUCCAGCACCCAGUGCCUGCUGAAUAGAAGCAGUGGACACCAAAUAUCAUGGCAGCCCCGUUACAGAAAGAGCCUCCCUGCUGUAUCCCGUUGGCACCAUAUGGCCCCAGCGUCUCUGAACUGUGCCUGGCAAUUACAUGGUGAUCAUUUAGAGCUCAGGUAUGCAGAGACCCUGAUGCGCUUUGAUUAUGUGUGGCUGCGUGAUCACUGCCGCUCAGCAUCCUGCUACAACAGCAAGACCAACCAGCGCAGCUUAGACACAGCUAGUGUGGAUCUGUGCAUCAAACCAAAGACUGUCCGAGUGGAUGAGACCACGCUCUUUCUAACAUGGCCAGAUGGUCAUGUGACCAGGUAUGGGUUAGAGUGGCUGGUGAAGAACAGCUAUGAGGGUCAGAAGCAGCAGGUCAUGCAUCCUCGAAUUCUCUGGAAUGCUGAGAUCUAUCAGCAAGCCCAAGUGCCCUCCGUGGACUGCCAGAACUUCCUGGAGACAAAAGAGGGGCUAAAAGAAUUCCUGCAAAACUUCCUGCUGUAUGGCAUUGCUUUUGUAGAAAACGUCCCCCCGACCAAAGAGGACACGGAAAUCUUAGCAGAGAGGAUCAGCUUGAUCAGGGAGACCAUCUAUGGUAGAAUGUGGUAUUUCACCUCUGACUUCUCCCGGGGAGACACAGCAUACACAAAACUGGCUCUGGAUCGUCACACUGAUACCACCUACUUCCAGGAGCCCUGUGGUAUCCAGGUGUUCCACUGCCUCAAGCACGAAGGGACAGGUGGCAGGACGCUGCUGGUGGAUGGCUUCUACGCAGCAGAGCAGGUUCUCCAGCGAGCUCCUGAAGAAUUUGAGCUCCUCACCAAGGUGCCGCUGAAACAUGAGUACAUUGAGAAUGUUGUGGGCUGUCCCAAUCACAUGAUUGGGGUUGGGCCAAUUUUGAAUAUCUACCCCUGGAACAAUGAGCUCUAUUUGAUCAGGUACAAUAACUACGACCGAGCUGUCAUCAACACAGUGCCUUAUGAUGUUGUGCAUCGCUGGUAUGCCGCGCAUCGCACACUCACCACAGAGCUACGGAGACCGGAAAACGAACUCUGGGUCAAACUGAAGCCAGGCAAGGCGCUGUUUGUGGAUAACUGGCGCAUCCUGCAUGGGCGGGAAUCAUUCACGGGAUACCGCCAGCUGUGCGGGUGCUACCUGACGAGAGAUGACAUGCUAAAUACUGCACGCUUCCUGGGGCUGCAAGCUUAACAUAGACUCAGCAGCAGAGAGGCAGCAAAACCUAUCAACUACAGUGCUCCUGGGACUUUGCCUCACCAGAACUAACACGUUUUAAAUACCUCGAACACCCCCAUCCCUGCCAAAUAGUUCUCGGUGCCUGGGGGAAUGGGUGGGAGCUAAGGGUCACCAGAGCUUUACCUGAUUGUCAGCUGUGGGGCAGAGGGGGAGACCUCUCUUGCUCCCACCCCCAUGGCCUUUCAGCACAGUCUGACUCUUCUUGAGAAGGAAGAAGCCAAGGAGCUGAGCUGCAGCUGGAAAUGCUCACAAAUACCAGCUGAUGCAAAAUUCCAAUCAAGUGCCUUCUGGAUUUUAAAUGAGGUGGUAAAGCCCUCACGUUCCCCUAGGUGUUUUGUCAGCAGGAUUCAUUGCACAGGGUAGGCCAAAGUAGCUAUUUGCCUUGUUUUGACCCUGAACUAGACCUUUUUCCAGCUCGAGAGAGAACAAGAGGAUCAGUUUGGUCCUGCGUGAAGUAAUGCAAACAUCAAGUUACUCCAGCAUGAGGGUGGUGACAAGUUUCUCUUCUCUUUCCCACUCCUUAAACACCUCCCCUGGCCCCACCUGUGUGCAUGCAUUUUGGGGCAUAUACAAUGUCAUCCUUCUCCAGUAAUUGAAGGCAAACUGUGCUGACUGAUGGCCCAAACGGAUCAGCCAGUGUAGUAUGGAACCUCUCCUCUGAGAUCUGUGGGGAAGAAGGGGAAGUGAGAAAUUUCUGGGAGGGAGCAAGGUGCGGUUCAUCAGGCAGCAGUGCAAGGCAAGGGCAGUAUUUCCCACACCCCUCCUUGGUUUGAGCAGCAGCAGGCUUGUCUCCACAGUUCCCCCAGCCUGUUGCGUUACCUGGUCAGUUUCCCUGCACGUGUUUCUUGCAGACUUGCUGCUUGGGCCUUUCUGUUCUCCCUGCCUGUGGGCUACAGGCUUAGUGCAGGGAAGCUGGCAACCUGCUGCUGGGAGAGGCUUAGGGUCUUACACCAUGUUUUCCUCCAAAGAUCGCUAACGAGUUGCCUUUCAGGCCCAGAAAGGCAUGGAUUGCAUAGGAGUGUCUGGCAUUUUAAAGGGACGCUGUCAAGAUAGAAAUCCUCUUCAAAAGCAGACCCUUUCCUAUUACUAAUGAUAGCUGACGAUGACCAAUCUCGUUUAUUUUUCACUCUUCAGGCUGUUUGUUUGCUUUUUCACCUCACUAAGCCUGGAAAAUGAAACAAGGCUGGUCAGUCUCUCUCUGAUUCUCCUGAACUAGCCAGCUGCUGUUGUGCUACAAACAGAGCAUGGGUAUGUUUACCUAUAAAGCCAGUGGUCUUCAUUUAGUUCACAUACAGAUGAAUGUCUCCUACUACUAGGGUUCAUAAAACUUCUCCUAAACUUACUUGGGUGAAGCUAUUAGACAGUGUCCGUUUAAGGGACUUGCUCCCCUAGACAGCAAGGCUUCGCAUCAAUCAUUAGGGUUUGUCAGGGAGUAACUGCAGCACCCAGUGUAAUCCCCCAACUGGGGAUAUGUGCAAAAGUGAUCCAUUAGCUGUUAGUUCAUGUCUGCAAGCUUUGGUGAAGAGGGUCUUUUUUCCAGUUGUGUGUUUCCCAAGACCCAUGGCCUGGAGGGUUCCAAAGAGGAUGGAGCUAGGCUAUUCUCAGUGGUGGCAGAUGACAGAAUAAGAAGCAAUGGUCUCAAAUUGCAGUGGGGGAGGUCUAGGUUGGUGCUGGCAGUUUCUGCUAUAGGAGGCAGCUCUCAAUUUUUGUCACAGCAGGAAGGAAAACAGCCUCAUCAAGCCCUCUGCACAGAAUUCUCCUAUUGGUCCACAUGGGGACUGCCAGCAAAGUGCAUAUUUUGAAAGCCUUUUACAUGUAAAAAAUGGAUAAAAGCAAAAACGUUAAAAAUCAGCAUUUUGGCACUUCAUGCACCUCAAAGAGUGAUACCGCCUGGACAGUGCCACUUUCUGGCCUUUGGUGCUUUUGCUACAAUGAUGUCUUGGGUUCUAAACAUUGCAUGGGGCAGCGGGUGAUUUCAAGAACAGCCUAGAUAUAGAAACGGGUGGAAAAACCUGUUUGUAUUGAGUGUUUUAAAACUGUAGGGAGGGAGUUUGACUUCGAAAUGUUAGGCCUGAAGCACAGCUGACAGCUUUGCAUUUGAGAGAGAGUGGAAUUCAUGAAUUCCUUCACAGCCUGGGGGGAUGUUCUGUCCGGAUUUUGUUGGAAUGGCAGUGAUGUUUGCACAUGGCAAAGUGCUACCAGAUUUCCCGAGUCCGAAUCUCUGUAUUUCAAAGAGCAGCACUGUAGGUAACACAGCCAGUGACACUCCAUCUUCUCUCCAGUGGGGCCAGCUGCUCCCAGCAGCACUUGUUACUAGGUAAGGCUCUGCUACUUCAGGAAGCUCAAACACCCAGGACUCAGACUAGAGCAAGGGAGAAAUUGCCUCAAGGUUAUUGAUGAGAGACUGGAGUGAAACCUGUGCCUUUCUGAUAGGGAACAGGGGUAUGGUAGGUGUAAGCUCCUCUGGACCCAGCGGACUGAAUAGAUGGGGGACACCGGUCUACCCAGGAGCGACUCUGCUGGAAACUGAACCCUCCUCCCUAACUUGCCGGAAGUGACUAUACGCUCUCCAUUAUAAUGACGUGGUCUUGGUUUGUUUUCCCCUUGAAGCACGUGGUGGGGAAAGCUAUGUGUACGCUUCUGAAACACAUUUUCCUGCAUGUCCUUUUCAACUUCUCUUAACCUCCCUCCCCAGCAACAAAGGUGGAGGGGAGAGAAUUUGGCUUAACCUUCCUCACCACCCUUCCCCAGAUCUUAAGAAGUUGGAAUUUCUUCUAAGCAACUUGCUGGAAUCAAAUAUUAUUUGGGGAAACAGUAUUUCUUAGUCACACACUAGCGCUUUGUCAAAUCUAUGCAUUUGUCUGAACGCCGUAUCAGUAACAGUGUGUUCCCCAUGAUGUUCUGUGAUCUGUCUUUGUACUCAAGCUUUUCAAACUCAUUUUUGGCUAAUAAAAUAGGAAUUGCUUCUUUUUUUCACCACA